UUGUGCCCGUUUGCGUGCCAGCUACACAAGAGUUGGACGUCCCAAGGAUUCCUGAAAACACUAACCGACCUACGUGCUGGUGGCGUAACGUCAUCUGUGUUUAUGUGGCCCUCUACUCCAGUUUUAUUAUCGGGGCUGUGGCUAAAUUAGCAUGGUAGCAUGUCGUCAAACAUGAUUUGACUACAUAGCAGACACUAAGGACAGAGAUGGCGGUGUGUGCACUGACAAUGGACGGGAUGGGAGACGAGGUGGCUGCAGUAAGCGGUGUGUUACUUCUGGUCUUGGCCCUGGUCCUGGCUUGGCUCUCCACGCAAGUGGCAGAUCGGGGAGACCACAUCCUGAGCACCAUACUUACAGUCGGAGCCCACGCCUCUCUAAUCGGGCUGGGGGGCCAUGACAGUUACAGUGGAGGGCCACCCAGUGCAGACACCCCAGAGCAGCAAACACCUCCACCCUCCCAGGAGAACAAGCCAGAGGAGGGGGAGCCUGGGUCUGAGAGGGAAGAUGGUGAGGGAACAGGAGAGGGGGCUGGAGUUGACCUGCUGUUGAAUAUCCAGGGGAAGAAACCUCAGACAUACCAGCCUGAUGAUGAUGAAGAUGAUGAGGAAGAGGAUGACUAUGAGGAAGAAGAGAAGGUUCAGAAGCUGAGCUCAGUGGUCUCCUGCACCAGCAUUACGGUUCGUUUGAAGUUCCUGAAUGACACAGAAGAGGUGGCAGUCCUGAGUCCCCAGGAUACAGUGGGUCUACUGAAGAGUAAGUACUUCUCAGGGCGGGAGCGUCAGAUCAAGUUGAUCUACCAGGGCCAGCUGCUUCAGGAUCCCAAACGGACUCUGCUCUCCCUCAACAUCUCUCACAACAGUGUGAUCCACUGCCACGUGUCCCAGGUGCUGCGGGAGGCCAGCCCAGAGGAGGCAGCUCGCUCUGGGGCUAGUGGGGGAAUCAGGGCUGCAGGCCUGGCUCUGAGCACCAGCAGCCUGGUGGUGCCUGUGUUCGUGGUGAUGUUAGCCGUGGUCUGGUACUUCCGCAUCAACUACCGUCAGUUCUUCACCGCCCCUGCUACCAUCUCCCUGGUGGGAGUCACUGUGUUCUUCAGCUUCCUCAUCUUUGGAAUGCACAGCCGGUGAGCGGGAGAGGAGGCAGGAUGGAAGGGCCCUCAUCUGGGCAGGAGAAUGAGAAGGAAUAACAACUGUGUCAGGAGGAUGAAUGGAGUCAGGGGGCCUCUGCCUCAGACACCAUAGAGCUCAACUGGAAUCCUAAGAGUGGGUGUGCCUGUGUUUGUGCAUGCACCAGCAAAUAGCAUAAUGUGAGAUUGAUUGUAUGUGCAGAGAUUCAAGUUAUCUGGAAUGUGUGUUUGUUAGUAUGAAGCAGAGAUAAUACUGAGCUGUAAUUUUGCUUCUCAGAAAAACAUUGAGUGGGUCCAGCUCCUGUUGGUCCUUUAUAGGGCAGAACCAUCAGCAUCACACCCAGGACCACAGGCUGCUUGGUCCACUGUGUCAGCAAUAUCUUCUGGCCAGUUUGGCUUCACAUAGCCUGUUCUGUGUUAGGUUGUUCUCAGAAAUUAGGGUCUCUAUUCAAUCAGAUCCGCUUUAUCCGACAUAAGUAUAGAAGUUGUGUGGGAGGUGGAACUGUGUUAGUGCUGUCAAUUCCACUGAGGUGUAAUAACUGGAGACUGCGUCCAUGAUGUCCGCCUUUUGUUUUCAAGGUUAUCUACUCACGUUCGCAUACGCCAAUUCAUGUCUGUCUAUAUCCGGAUUGAAUCCGGUUUAUACAGACCAACAUCACAUGCACACUAGCACUCAGUGCGCACAGGGAGCAGGGCAGAUGUCAUCCAAAAACAUGGCAGACAGAUUAAUAUAAAAUGUUGGCAUCAGCUACAAAUAUUUGAAUAAUUCAAUGGAUGUUUUGUGCACAAAGGUGAUGAUCUAAGUGUCUUAUUAGGAAUUUUGAAAUCUGACUUAUCUAUGUGGCCGUGUAUGGAAAUUGUCCUUCUGGACUGAGCGUCCGUUAAACUGCAAAACUGUAGCAGUCGAAACCGUGCUUUGCUUUAAGUAAAUACCACGGAGCCUUGUUUACAAGUUCGAACAAUGGAAUGUGAGAUGUAAUCUACACCUCGAUGAGACUGAUUAGAAAUCUUUACUUUAAUUAUUUUCAAUUUGAGCGUAAUUUCUAUCUAGCCUACAGGUUCUCGUUCUGAACUUCUAAUGCAAGUCGGACAGGCGUGGCUUGGUGAUAAUGAUCAAGAGCAGCCACUCACCCAUUUGACAGCUCCAACGCCGUUACACCGCCGACAAUUCAGCUAUGCAUGUCAGCUAUCGCCGGUUAACACUUAUCUGAUUGAAUCUAGACCUAGGAUAAUGCAUUUCUUCACAUCAUGGCCCCAUACUCUUUUCAUUAUAUACAUGUUAACGUUCCAGAAAUGUUGUCUUUUUGUAGUACGUGUUUGAACGAGCAAUUCAUUUCCUCAUUUGCAACGGAAACAAAAUGAAGAUUAUACAACUAAAGACUUGACUCGAGAGCAACUUUGAAACCACCUGCUAUGUAUGGAGUGGUGGUUCUAUUUCUACUUUCUUUCCAGUUCUUUGGGAAUGAGCUUUCACCUUAGUUAUUGUGGACUGUAACAACUGCCUUAUUGCAAGGCAAAACAGUUUGUAAGGAUUUUUGUUGCUUGAAAUACUCUACACUAUCUUUAGUUAUUUUAAACCAUAUAAGUUAAUGCAUGAAAAUAAGCAACAUGUUUGGUUUAGAAAAUACUGUAAAUAUGUAUUUACUGUACAUAGAAUGAAUGGGAUGAAACCACAUCGGGAUUUCUGUUAGGGAAUUUGACACAGACGAGAGGGAAAUCUCUUUAUCCCUUAAGUUCGAUUGUUUUCCUCUGGCUUCAGAUUUAAAGACAUUCAAACCAAUCAGUCCCUGUGUAAAGAGGGAGUAUGUCUGAUAUUGGACAAAAUGACAAAACGCAAGAAAUCUGAAUGACACUUCAUUUUACUCAGACAAAGAAACCUCUGUACACAUGGGAAACUGAGAUAUAAAGAAAACCUAGCUGUGCAUCACAUUAAUAUACAAUUGACAUAUUUGCACUUGCACAUGCACACACUCGUGCAUGAAAAAAGUUUUGGUUUUGUGAAGACACUUUCUAUUGCGUCAUUUGUCCACAGUCAUAUUGUUCAGAGACACACAAAUAAACAGUUACGCAGCAUUAGAAAUACAGGCCGUUCUUUACCCUGUCAGUAAAGAGGGACAAAUGAAAUGAGCCAUACCCAAAAUAGGUGUUUUUUCACUUGAAGGUUGAUUCUUUUAGGGCACAUUAAAGUGAUGUCAUACUUACUCACUGGCUGAAUGUUCUAAAUGAAAGCUCAGGGUAUAUAAGAUUCUCCCUAGCAAGUAUAGUCUGGUGGGCCUCUCAAACAGGAAUGAAUAACAAUAUAUAUCAAACUUAACUCGUUAGCUAGAGUAAAACUGAAAAUGGCAAGAAUAACAGUCUGAAAUAUCCCAUGCAACAGCCAUGGCACUUCUGUUGCAAGUGGUGGCGGAUUUGAAUUCCUACAAGCGCAGAGACAGACUUUGAAAGCAAGUCAAGUGAUGCAUAUUGACCUAGAGUAUUAUUGAGAGAAAAAAGCAGGUUGACUAUACUAUAGCAUUAUUCAACAGGAAGCAAUGCGAGAUCUACAACUUGUAUAGAGUGAUAUUGUGAUUUGCAGCAGAAGCAGGUUGGAGAAGCUUCAGACUGAGUAUGAAACAGUAAAGAUAGACAGGGAAGAAGCACUGUUUAGCAUUAAGCUGUGUAUGGUAGAGAGGUUACCAUGUAUGUAUACAGUAUCCAAUUAAAUCAUGAUUCUUUUACAUAGGUCAUCAUACCACAUGUAUCGGUAUACAAAAACACACUGGCUCACUCCAUGAUACAUGUCAACAUCUGCAUUUACAAUUUACUGAGUGCAGACAUUAUAUAAACCAAAAAAGUGAAAUAUUCUAAAUAACACAUACUGAUUCAACCACAAUGGCACAUUCAGAGAUGCAUAGUAAUCUGAAAACAAAUGAAAUCACACACACAGGCCCACAACAUGGAAAACAGUCAACUUUACACAACAAACAUUCAUACACACAUGCACCCACACAUACACCAAUGUGCAAUAAAAUGCUAGUACGGAUAAAGUCACCAUCAAGUACCCCAAUACUGGUGAGACAACAAGAUGGCACUGACAUCCCCCACCACAUUAAUAACAAAGCUGUAGCCGUAAGGUGAUGCAAUUAGUCCACAAGUCCCCUCCUAAACAGAGACAGUCAAAAAGAAAGCAAUGUUUUCAGGAGAAAACAAAUCAGAGUGCAAAAAAGCGGAGUGUGAUUGGUCCAUGUCUGAAGCCUAAAUCACUGACUAACAAAAAAACUAUUAAAGUGAACAAUCAAUGACCCAUGUUUCUUUAUAACUGGAAUUGCAAAAUAUUGUCUUCAACAACAACUAAGAAUUGUGUUCAAAUGAAGGGGUGCUGUGUCCAUUUAUGAAUAAAGAGAAGUUACAACCCC